AUUUCUCUAAAACACAAACACACACACGCACACACUGAUACUCUGUCUCUCUUUCCUUCCACUUCUGGUCCCCCUCUCUCUCUCUCUCUCUCUCUCUCUCUCUCUCUCUGUCCCUCUUUCCACUGCCGCUGUCCUGGUUUCUUUCUCUGAACAGCUUGAGAGGACAGACGCGAAAGGAGAAUAGAAUAGGUGGGUUGCUGGCACUCAUCAGGACUUAUAGAGGAGGCAGGGUUUUAAAGGUGCCAUUGUGUAGCUAAACGUGAAACUGACGUCAGUGAAGAUGCUGGAGACCUUGAGAGACAGAGUACUGGAGGUUUAUGAUGGCCUAUUAGCAGGAAGAGACCCCCGGUUGCAGAAAUAUCUUCUCAUGGAUAGUCCAGUCAAUAUGAGUGCUAUUCUGCUUGCUUAUCUUUUCUUUGUAUUGUAUGCUGGCCCUAAGUUUAUGGCCAACCGCAAACCUUUCCAGCUAAAAGAAGCUAUGAUAGUCUACAAUCUGUCCUUGGUUGCCCUGUCUCUAUACAUUGUAUAUGAGUUCUUGAUGGCAGGAUGGGCCACAGAAUACACGUGGAGAUGUGACCCAUGUGAUUAUUCCGACAGCCCUAAUGGGCUCAGGAUGGUGAAUGUUGCCUGGUUAUUCCUGUUCACAAAAUUCAUUGAACUUAUGGACACGGUGUUUUUUGUACUGCGUAAGAAACACAGUCAGAUCACUUUCCUGCACAUCUUCCAUCAUUCCUUCUUGCCCUGGACGUGGUGGUGGGGUGUAAGCUAUGCUCCAGGUGGAAUGGGCUCUUUCCAUGCUAUGGUCAACUCUUGUGUCCAUGUGAUCAUGUACUUCUACUACGGCCUCUCUGCCGCCGGACCUCGCUUCCAGAAAUUCCUCUGGUGGAAAAAAUACAUGACUGCAAUCCAGCUGACUCAGUUUGUACUGGUCUCCCUUCAUGCAACCCAGUGGUACUUCAUGAAGAGCUGUGACUACCAGGUUCCUCUGUUCAUCCACCUCAUCUGGAUGUAUGGAACCUUCUUCUUCGUGCUCUUCUCUAACUUCUGGUACCAGGCGUACGUAAAAGGCAAGAGGCUACCAAAGAACAACCAACAGCUCGCCCAGAACGGCAAGGCCAAUGGAAGCACAACUCUGGCCAAUGGCUCGAUGGUGGUUUCAAACGGCCACAGCACGCACCAUGAAAAUGGCUUGAGCAAUGGGAAGAAACACCAUGAGAAUGGUAGCACUUUCAAUGGCAAGAUGAAGAAAUCUUGAGCGCUUAGGAUGAGAAGACCCAAAACGGAUGACCAGGAGAACCUGCUUGAAGCACUAUGGAGUCCAAAGAGUGUUUUGGGACUUUUAUUUUCAAGGAUUUUCUUUUCAGAUCUUUGUUGUUUUUUGUUUUAAUAUGUACAUUUAAUUAGUACACAGGGAUAUGAAUGAGUUUGAUCCCUGUUUGUAUAUUGUUUUUGUCAUAAGAAAAAGAGAAAAUAAUUAUUGAGCACAAUGUAUGAAGAGGAAGUGUAGUGACUGGUGGUAUUCUCAGCUGAUGUUGCUCAUGAUGUCAUAGUUUAUCCAAGCAGACUAAAUUCACAGACACACACACACACACACGUGUCUUUCAUACCCCCCAUUAGCAGACACUGUACAGUCAACUUCAGUAAACUUGAAAUACAUCUGUAAAUAUUUUUACCUUAUAAAUAAUGGGAUUGAUGUGGUAAAAAAUAUUGUUACUCAAAAAUGUUAAAUGAAAUACAAAAAAUAAAUACAAUUUUAAAAUACAGA